UUUCUAAGACAUGAUUCAGCUAUUACAAAGCACGAGCUGCAUUUUUAAAUUGCUGGGACUGUGUUUACUCUUCUGUUUGGUUAAGGUUCCGGCAGUGGAAGGUAGGAUUAGGCAUUACAAAUGGGAGGUGAAGUAUGAGUACAAGUCCCCUGAUUGCUUUAAGAAACUUGUUAUCACCAUCAAUGGCGGAACUCCAGGACCAACCAUACUUGCUCAGCAGGGAGACACCGUCGUCGUCGAGCUCAAGAAUAUUUUGUUAACAGAAAAUGUAGCCAUACAUUGGCAUGGCAUCAGACAGAUUGGAUCACCGUGGAGUGAUGGAACCGAAGGAGUGACUCAAUGUCCAAUAUUGCCUGGAGACACUUUCAAAUAUCAGUUUGUUGUUGAUAGGCCUGGAAGUUAUCUGUACCAUGCUCACUAUGGAAUGCAAAGAGAAGCUGGCUUGUAUGGAGCAAUCCGAGUAGCGGUUCCUGAAGGAGAAACCGAGCCCUUUUUCUACGAUUAUGAUCGAAGCAUCAUACUCACUGAUUGGUACCACAGAAGCACUUAUGAACAUGCAGUAGGACUGUCUUCCAAUCCGUUUGUCUGGGUUGGGGAACCUCAGUCACUUUUGAUACAAGGGAGAGGAAGAUUCAACUGCUCUAGCCUCGCCACUCCAAGCUUAGAAGCUGGUGCUUGUAACGCAUCUAGUCCUGACUGCUCUCCUUAUGCAGUGACUGUAAUCCCUGGCAAAACUUAUCGGCUAAGGAUUGCUAGCUUGACUGCUCUGUCAGCCCUCAGUUUCCAAAUAGAGGGUCAUAAUAUGACAGUGGUUGAAGCAGAUGGGCAUUAUGUGGAGCCAUUUGUUGUAAAGAACCUGUUCAUAUAUUCUGGUGAGACAUAUUCUGUCAUAAUAAAAGCAGACCAAGACCCUUCAAGAAACUAUUGGAUGACAACCAACAUUGUUAGCCGAAAUCCCAUCACCAACACCACCACCACCACCACCACCACCCCACCUGGUUUAGCCUUUUUGAAUUACUAUCCUAACCAUCCUAGGAGAUCCCCUCCGACAGUACCGCCAGCAGGCCCGGCCUGGAACGAUGUUAAGUCCCGGCUAAAUCAAAGUCUUGCCAUUAAGGCACACCGAGAUUUCAUCCAUACCCCUCCCCAAACCCCUGACAGAGUCAUUGUUUUCCUCAACACCCAAAACAAGAUAAAUGGCUAUGUGCGAUGGUCAGUGAACAAUGUCUCAUUCACUCUUCCUCACACACCUUACCUCAUUGCACUUAAAGAAAAUCUCACCGACGCAUUUGAUCAAACACCUCCGCCGGAGGGGUAUGACUUUGUGAACUACGACAUUUACAAAGUGGCAAACAACACCAAUGCUACUACAAGUGAUGGGAUUUACAGGCUCCAUUUCAACACAACAGUGGACGUAAUCCUGCAAAAUGCAAACACCAUGAAUGUGAACAACAGCGAGACGCAUCCGUGGCAUUUGCAUGGUCACGAUUUUUGGGUGCUCGGACAUGGGGAAGGAAAGUUUGACAUCAACAAUCACACAAAGUACAAUCUGGUGAAUCCUAUCAUGAAGAACACUGUGCCAGUUCAUACAUACGGUUGGACAGCUUUGAGGUUCAGGGCAGAUAAUCCAGGUGUGUGGGCUUUCCAUUGUCAUAUAGAGUCUCAUUUCUAUAUGGGAAUGGGUGUGGUGUUUGCAGAAGGAAUAGACAGGAUUGGAAACUUGCCUUCAUCUAUAAUGGGGUGCGGUGAAACCAAAGGAGUAACAUUCAGACCUUAGUCAUGACACUUUUGGAGUGCUUCACUCUGCAUAGAUGAGUGUUUAUAUCAUAGUCGGGAGAUUCUCGUUUCCCGAGUAUGUAGUACGUACGACAUACCUUCUAGUUAUAUUAGAAUUUUUGUUCAUUCAUGUCAAAUUGUUAUUCAUUGAUAAAUUCUUUAUAGUUCUCUCCACUCCACAGAGUGUGGCGGAGGAUAUGUUUUCAUUUCUAGAUUUUAUAAAGCUACAUUGAGAAAAAUGCCGCAUACAUUUAGAGUUUAAAUUUUACG